GCUUCACGCGCCUUCAAGAAAUUCAUGCCACUGUUCGACAGAGUCCUGGUAGAGCGAUUUGCACCAGAGUUGAAAACGAAAGGCGGGAUCAUGAUUCCAGAGAAGGCGUUAGGAAAAGUAUUAGAUGCAACAAUUGUAGCAGUUGGACCAGGUGCAAGGAAUGAGACAGGAACAGUAGUUCCACUUACUGUAGCAGUAGGAGAGCGUGUCUUGCUUCCAGAAUAUGGUGGAACAAAGGUGGAAAUAGAAGACAAGGAGUACUUCCUAUUCCGGGAUACGGAUAUUCUUGGCAAGUGGGAGUCGUGAGGUCAUGAGGUAGAACUCUGAUGUUGGAAAACGGAAUAGUUGCCGUGAUAACCAUUAUUUGCUGUUAAGUCAUGGUCUAAAUGUUGAUCAACAACUGUUACCUGUUGUUUAUUUGUCUACGUUAUGUUGAGGAAAUGUCCAAAUAUGGUUACUGUAUCAUUGCCAGAGGUUCGUGAAGUAGAGAGGAGACACUAGUCCUACAAUUGUGUGGUAUAUAUUUACCAAGGUUCUUAAAUCAUUUUAUAGAAGCAUUCCAUGUGUCCAGCAGAAUGCCCACACAACCUGGCUAGGUACAAUAUAGAAAUGUGUUUUAGAUGUAACCAUAGUAUCACAGAAAGUGAUAGGUGAUUUUCAGUACAAAAAAUUCCAUGUUAAAAUAACAAUGUAAUGUUAUCAUACUGUGGUGCACAUAAAAGAAGGGAAAACUUUUUGGUAAAUAUGAUACAGAUAGGCUUCAACUUCUUCACUUACUAUUUAAAUUCGUUUUGGCUUUGUGUAGACAGUGUCAUAAAAUCAUGAACUGUAAAUAAAUUUCAGUAUUUGAAAUAGUGUGUUACGUGCUACUUUCAGUUCAAUAAAUGUGCAUUACCUUAAA